AUGACCCAAGCUAACACGGCUGAUAAUGCAUCCAUUUGCGACGAGGAUGCCGAACAGGACAAACUGCUCUCUACUUCCAACCGCAACUCAGGGGAAGGCGAGGAGAGGCCGUCCGGUACAGGGCCUUGUUCGUACGAGUCAGCUCAGGAGAGCUUCGCGAAGGACCCGUUUAACCCGUUCCCUUUAAGGGGCUUUCCAGCUGCUGAAAACGAACAGAGGAUUCUAACCUUCCGAGCUCUGCUUGUUGGAAUCUCCUGUGGUGCGCUGGUGAAUGCAUCGAACAUAUACCUGGGACUCCGGGCUGGAUGGACAUCGUCUGCGAAUAUAUUCGGAUCGAUCAUAGGCUUCGCAGUGCUCAAGUCAUGGUCGUCCUAUUUUGCGCCCUCGUCUAUACUAGGCGGUUUCUUCGGGCCACAAGAGAAUAACAUUGUUCAAACUGCUGCCACUGCUGCCGGGGGUCUGGCAAGUGUUUUUGUCUCUGCAUUCCCAGCAAUGUAUCAGUUGAACUUGCUCGAUACCCCCUGGAAAGACUUCCUGCGUGUUACUGUCCUUACUGCUGCAGGUGGAUAUUUCGGUUUAUUUUUUGCAACACCCCUGCGCAAAUUCUUUAUUUUCCAAGUUGCAAAGGAGCUCAAUCUUGUGUUCCCAUCUUCCUCUGCGACUGCGAUCACAAUUUCGGGCAUGCAUCUUGCCGCGGGAGGGUCACAACUGGCCCGUCACAAAAUGGUGGCCCUGGUAUUUGCCUUUGUUUUUGCGUUGAUGCUUAGGGUUAUAUCUCAAUAUGCCCCGGGAAUACUUUGGGACUGGCAUUUUUUCACCUGGUUGGCGCUUUCGGGCGUUUUACCUUCAACAAUGUUCGCUAUACAAAGCUGGGGUUGGUUUAUAGAGUGGACACCGGCGUUCAUAGGUACAGGGAUGCUAGUUGAUAUGAACGUUGCAUUGUCUUUUGUCUUUGGGUCGGUAUUGGCAUGGGGUAUUGUCGGGCCAAUUAUUACAAAAUACGGCCUUGCGUUCGGGGAACCGGUUUCAACAGAUAGUAAAUGGGAUGGGUUGAUAUCAUAUAUCUCCUUUUCAAAGGAAUUUGCCAAUGCAACGCACCCUAGCCCCAGGUAUUGGCUACUAUGGCCUGGAGUUGCAUGUAUGAUAGUGGUUGGAUUCACGGAACUCGCUUGCCAAUGGAAAGUUUUCUGGCUUACAGGAUUGGAAAUAUAUAAAGCCUGCAAGAACAUACUAUCUCAGUUACACGAGAAGCAGCAUGAAUAUAAACAUCUUACUGAGGAAAACGAGGGGCCCAAAUCAAAUCGAACGACAAAAGGAGAAAUUAAAACGUGGAUGUGGCUGCCAGGUCUUAUUGCGGUCCUUAUAUUGACCUGUGUAGUUAGCAAACUACAGUUUGAGAUCCCUGUCUCUUCUUCGAUUCUCUCUCUUGUCCUCGCAUUUACAUUUUCAGUUAUUGCCAUCCAGUCAACAGGUGCAACAGAUAUUACCCCCCUAAGCGCUAUUUCAAAAGCUUCUCAGCUAGUCCUAGGAGCAACAACUCGUGGUCCAGAAUGGAAAUUAGAAAGCUCCCAACGGGUUAACUUACUCGGGGGGGCUUUAGCUAGCAUAGGUGCCAGUCAAGCCUGUGACCUCACAGGAGAUUUCCGAGUUGGGUUUCUACUUAACACUCCGCCAUCCACUCAGUACGCUGCUCAGGCCAUAGGAACAUUUUUCGCUGUCUUUCUCGCCCCAGCCGUUUUCUCCGUGUUUGCUAGUGCAUACCCUUGCAUUCUAUCUACAGGCGAUGAACCGCAUAGCAAGAACGGAACUACAAGCCUGACAUGCCCCUUUACAGCCCCUGCUGCUUCUGCCUGGCGUGCUGCAGCCGUAGCUGUAACAGAUCCUGAAUUCCCGGUUCCCAAAACUAGCGUACAGUUUUCUAUCGUGAUGGCGGCCAUUGGUUCAGUUGUGGUUCUGAUUCGACAUCACUUGUGGACAGGCAAAUGGGCAUGGAUGCGUGACUAUCAUCCAAAUAUGAUGCCUAUGGCUAUGGCAUUUCUUAUCCCUACUACACAGUACAGUACGGCUAUGCUUAUUGGUACCACAAUCGCCAUGAUAUGGAAGAGAAGGGAUAGUGGCUCUUUUGGAUCAUAUGCAUACGCUGUAGCAGCAGGUUUUAUGGCCGGUGAGGGAAUCGGAGGCGUGAUUAAUACCGCCUUGACGAUAAUUGGAGUUGAUGGUGCGCGCCUUGGGACCAAUAUAGGCUGCCCAGGGGGUAUAUGUUGA